GCUAAGUAUAGGGCCAUUAGUGCCCCCUUGUGAGGUAUAACACUGAUUUAUCAGUAUUCCCCUUUAACGAUCCUUUUAACAGUAUUAACAGUAUUGACAGGACGCAGUUCAAAGCACGGACAUUCCUCGUUGUUGUUCAAGCUGUUGUUGUUUUCUACUGAGUGCGUUCAUAUACAAGUGAUAACAAGAGUGAAUUCAUAUUAAGUUACACUCCAAACUACUCUGUACUACUCUGCCAUACUCUCUGCUGCCUGUACUACAAUCAUCCACUCAACUAAAUUCAAGAACUGUAAAUCCUCUACAAGUCUGAAAUCAUUAAAGUGUACUUCGUCUCUGACCCGGACGACUUAUGUCUGCUCAAUUUCCACCAGCACCCACAAUAGUCUACCUCACAAAUGGUCCUUCAAGCCGGAUUUGAAGAGCUGUCAUAAGAAAGAUGCAUCACAGUGAUCCAGAUCAUAGACCUGACCUUCCUGAGCCUGCAGUCAGACCCAGACGAGUGGUGCGGCUCCCUAGUUACCUGUCAGUUUUCGAGCUCACUGAUCAUCAACGAAGGUUACAGUCAAGACAUAAAGUAGACACUUAAUCUGAAAUGAGUGAUGAUUCAGAAUAUCAAGGAGCGACUGCACCCAAGCUCACCAACACCUUCACUGAGUAUGGAACAGGUAGGCAGCCAUGGCAGCCGCUGACAGAGUGGAGUCACAGUAGAGAGUAUGAACAAUAGCGAGCACCUACUUCACCCCUUCCUGAGCUGUCAGCACAAGUUCUAGCAGAAUUCCAGCAGUUGCGGAAAGAGACAGAGGAACUAAGACGUCAUUCCUAUGAGCAGAUACGGAGACUGAAAGAGAAGAACGAGGCCCUGGAAACUAAGUUGAGCCUACUUGCAAUGAGUGAUCGGCCCAGUCAUUAUCCACAGAGGACAUCUUGCCCUGUUCCUCAACCCCACGCCAAUAUUCCGCCUGUCACUACAGAUGCCAGGCCUAUUCCUCUGCCUAGAUCUAAGCUACCUCCUAGACCAAUUGAGAGUGCAGCAGAUUCCCUCAAACAAGAUCGACUACAUGACUUCGAACAUAGGCUUCGGCAGCUGGAGAUGAUAUCACCUGCAGCUCAUGCACGACCCUCACAGCACCAGUCCUUCCCCCAUUGAUCUAAUGACAGAGCUUAUGAUCGUAGUAUUGGCUACAGCUCAACCCAGUUAAGGGUUCCCUCCAAUCAAGAGAGUACAUAUAGGGGACCAGCUCCAACCAUUCCAAACUUUGUGAAGCCAGAUCCGAGAGAGUUUUCCCGCCUGCGCAUCGCUUUGGAGAACAUUCUUCCAGCAGACGCUACAGAGAGAUUUAAGUACCAGAUCCUCGUUGAUCACCUAAGGUUGGAGGAAGCUCUGUUGAUUGCAGACUCCUAUUGCAACUCAUUAUACCCCUUCUCAGAGACUAUGGAGGCACUUAACCAACAGUACGGACAGCCUCACCAGUUGGCCCUUCAGAGAAUAGCCGAGCUUAUGGAUGGUCCAAACAUCAGCCAAGGGGACGAGAGAGCCUUCCGAAUGUUUGCACUGAAAGUUCGUUCUGUAGUUAGUAUGCUUCAGCAGCUGGGGAAUAAAGGCUACAUGGAGUUAGAGUGCGGUUCCCAUGUAUCAAGACUGUUGUGUAAGCUUCCACAUGAUCUGCAGACUAGUUUUAGACGGUCGGUCCAUCCCCAACAAGUUCCCAUCCCUACCUUGCUCGAUCUCUCAGCAUGGUUAGAAUUCGAGCUGCAAGUUCAAGAAGACAGUACCAGAUUCUAUCCUUCAAUGAGUAGGCCAAUACCCAUACACAAGAGGGGACACCAGAGAGACACAAGACAGCCAAUGAAGGCCACAAGUAUCUUUCUCGGUACAGAGACAGACAGCAGUGACAUGCCAGGUAAAGCUUCCGACCCUAAGCCCAGAGACAGGAAGAUGUUCUGCCCAUAUUGUGAUGCUCAAGACCACUACUUGAAUGGGUGUGCCAGUUUCCAAAGACUUAACAGAGAUCAGAAAGUGCAUUGGAUACAAUCGCACAAGAGAUGUUGGCGGUGUGGACGAACCCAUCAAGCCGCACAGUGUAACCUUAAGACACCCUACAAAAGUUGUAAUCGCCGCCAUCUGUACAUCCUCCAUGAGGUUAACGAUCGAUUCUUUGUGAAAACACCUGAGACACCUAAGGUUGGACCUUCAGAGAAUUGCUUGGUGAACAUGACUACAGAGACACUGUAUCUUGAUCGGCCCACCAACAGUCGACGUGUCUUACUAAAGAUCUUUAAAGUACUCCUCAGAAAUGGCAAUCAGUGCUUAGAGACGUACACUCUCUUGGUUGACGAGUCAGAACGCACCAUCCUCUUUCAUUCAGCGGCACAACAGCUAGGAUUGGCUGGUCGACCCGAAAAGCUUGUUCUACAUACAGUCAGACAAGACCUUCACAUCCUGGAUGGUGCUUCAGUAGCCUUCAGAGUGUCACCAGCUUCCCAACCCAAGACUUCAUUUAGGAUUCGUCAAGCCUUUACAGCUGAGACAUUGGGAUUAGCUGAGCAUACAUAUCCAGUAGAUGAGUUACAACGCAAGUAUUGGCACCUACAAGGUCUACAGUUGCCACCUGUUGAAUCGGUCCAACCGCUCCUCCUUAUAGGGUCAGAUUACCCGCCCCUCAUAACUCCAGUAGAGCCAGUUCGUCUAGGCCCACCUAACGGUCCUGCCGCUAUCAAGACCAGAUUAGGCUGGACCCUGCAAGGUCCCACUCAAGAAAUCAAGCAUUGCCUUGCCAGCCAGCAGUGUCUCUUUAUGGCUACUUCAAGUUCGUAUACCAACCUGUACCGACAAGCUGAGAAAUUGUGGCAACUAGAUGUGCUCCCGUACCGCAGUGAGAAGCUCAUUACCCGCUCUAAGCAAAUCAAGAUGCCCUUUCACUGUUCGAGGCCAAGACUACUAGAGUUCUAGUAGAUGGAGUAGCCAGAUAUGCCACACCCUUAUUAAGAGUGAAGGAUAUGCCUCUCCUGUGAGCUUCCCCAGAUACCACUCUGCCUUGUCUCCGAGGAAUUGAGAGGCGAUUAGUCAGAGAUCCAGCACAAGCAGCAGCCUACAAGUUGGAGAUGAACAAGUUGAAAGAAGCAGUGUAUGCACAAGUGAUACAUCCUGAACAAUUGGAGCAAGCUGAGGAGUCGUGGUACAUUCCCCACCAUAUGACACAACAUAACGGCAAGAACAGAGUCGUCUUCAACUGUUCAUUCCAACACGGAAAAUCUAAACCAGUUGCUUCUUCCUGGUCCCACACUGGGUCCUUCUCUGAUGUCUGUCCUCCUGAGGUUCCGUGCACACACUGUUGCCUUGAGUAGCGAUAUUCGGGGAAUGUUCCAUCAGGUGCGACUGCUACCAGAGGACCGCCCACUGCUACGAUUCCUCUGGAGGGACCUCAAAAGAGAUCAGUCCCCCCAAGUUUAUGAGUGGCAUGUUCUUCCGUUUGGGACAACAU